CCUGCUGAUGGUGGUUGAGGCCACCAGGGGUGAUCAGUGCCCUCAGGGCCCUUAUGGGGCUUUCAAAGAGAGCAGAGCUUUUUGUAGAGCUCUCCAGAGCAUGUCAACACGGAACCUCAGAAGUGAAAGGGAGAGACAUCCCAGGUCCUGGUGCUCUGAGGUCUCCCAGGAGGAAUUCCCUGUGGCUCCUAUUUUUCCCCUGCUCCGUCCUUGCAGAGGGAACAAGAGGGAACCCCAAGACCAGACUCAAGCAGGUGGAAGGGGCCUCAGAGAAGGAGAACUCUCGUGCCUUGUCACCCCGCCCAAAGCAGCAGAGACGUUACCAUGGCUUUUUCCAGCUACACUGCUGUGUUCAGAUCACUGGUUUUGGUGCUGGUUCUAGCACUCACUCAGUGGAAGUCAACAUUCGUAUCAGCAAGUCACAUCAUACCUUUAGGAUGGUCCAUGACAUCAGAAACCGAUCUCUUGCUCCUUGGGAUUACAGGCUUGACAAGGAUCCCAACCGCUUCCCCCAGGUGAUUGCUGAUGCUCAGUGCCGCCUCUCUGGCUGUGUGAGCCCCCUGGGGCAGGAGGACCACAGCCUCAACUCCGUCCCCAUCAAGCAGGAGAUCCUGGUCCUGCGGCGGGAGCAGCAAGGCUGCCGGCCCACCUACCGCCUGGAGAAGAAGGUCAUCACCGUGGGCUGCACCUGCGUCACUCCAGUCAUCCACCACCACUCCUAGGAGGAAUUAUUAGGGCAGACCACACUGGGAAGAAGCAAUAUAUCCUAUAGACACCCCUCUGGUGAAAUCCCACAGUCGCCCACCGCGAAUCCCAGGAAUUCAACAAGACAUUGCCUUUCCAAACCUGAACAAAUUACCUCUUGAA